CGGCGACGGACGUUUGUGAGUGGUGCACCUCGCCCCGCCGGAAGCACUUCCCUGAGCGGAAGCUUCUGAGAACGAAAUAGCGGAAGUGCUUUCUCUUCCGCUCUUUUUGGUCUUUGCCAGAAGCGGUAUGACGAAAGGAACGUCAUCGUUUGGAAAGCGUCGCAAUAAGACGCACACACUGUGCCGCCGUUGUGGCUCGAAGGCCUAUCACCUUCAGAAGUCGACUUGUGGCAAAUGUGGCUACCCUGCCAAGAGGAAGAGAAAGUAUAAUUGGAGUGCGAAGGCGAAAAGACGAAAUACCACAGGGACUGGUAGAAUGAGGCACCUGAAAAUUGUAUACCGCAGAUUCAGGCAUGGAUUCCGUGAAGGAACAACACCUAAACCGAAGAGGGCAGCUGUUGCAACAUCCAGUUCAUCUUAAGGAUUUCAGUGACUAGUCACACAAUAAAUGUUCUGGUUUUAAAAAAAUA